AUGAACCGGAGGUUUCGAUGGAUCAAAGAUGAUGAACACUUGAGGAAGCUGCGCAAAAUUGAGCACGAGAGGGAAGAUGCCAUCGCAGCACGAUGUAGUCGAUCUAUGCAGUUGAGAAGAAUAGCGGAGCUGCUCCACGACGAAGUGAAAGGGAAACUGGCAGCAGGAAUCACAUUGCACGACGAAAACCUGCGCUUCAUGGCGCUCAACCUGUGCCGGCAAAACAAUAUUGAGAACUUCAAGGCCAGUCAGUCCUGGAUUACGGCCUUCAAACGCCGUUAUGGGAUUGUAUCAAGGAAAAUAACGACAUUUGUCACUAAAAGGAACUAUAGAAGCCGUGAAGAAAUACAGCGCAAGGCGCAGGAGUUUGUGAGCAUCGUGAGGAGGGAAAUGGAAGCUGCGCCACUGGGUUGUUUUUGCAAUGGCGACCAAUCAGGUUUCGUUAAGGAAUUGACAACGGGAAGAUCUUUAGCGCCAGUGGGAGUGAAAAGAGUUGAAAGAACUGUCGAAAGCAGGACGGCGAUGACUCACUCAUACACCAUUCUUCCCAUACUUUAUGCCGAUGGUAGACUAGGAGAAAAGCUGUACGUGGUUUUGCAAGAAAGAGGCGGAGAAUUUCCGCGCCACGGGCACUUUGAAGCUCCAAAUCUUGUGGUCAGGGCGGCCACGUCUCAUAUAAUGACGAAGGAGCUGAUGGUAGAUUGGAUAAAAAGUUGUCUAUUCAAUAGCAGCAGUGUUCAAGAAACAACACACCUAAUUGUGGACUCAUGGUCGUCUUUUCGCGACGUCGAUACCAUCAGGAAAGCCGUACCCGAAGGUGUGCAGCACAUCCUGUUACUACACUCUUGA